UCACUGAUUAUACCGAGCCAUUGGUAGUGGGUGCUUGUAAAAGUGCGGUGGUGUGUCGCGAUACAGGACAAUCUGUCUGUUUUUAUUGAUAAACAUAUGUAAAUAUUACAUCUGAUAAAGUUUUUAGUGUCGCUGCGACACAUGUGUUCCAUUGCACGAUUUAAAAAUAAUCUUACCGACAUUUUAUGUGAGAAUACCAGUUUGUGAGUGGACGAAUUUUAAACAUUUUAAAACUAAAGAAAUGAGAUGACAUGUUGGAAAUGAACAAGAAGGUUAACGAAUAAUUACAAACAAACAAACAAAGAAAGAAAUAAACGAAGUCGAACAAAGGAAAGAUAAACAAAACAAAGAAAACAAUUUGACUGAAGGUAAAACAAUAAUUGAGCAAGAUGGACAUCACUACAGCACGGGCGAUAUCCAUGCUCACAUUGGGCUUAGGAGCAUUCUUCUCUGGAAUGCUACCAGCAUGUUUCUCAGAGGCAGCAAGACAGAGGCACCCACUCCUGCUAUCCUGUCUUCUCUGCUUUGGAGGAGGAGUCCUUUUAUCGACCUCCUUAGUCCACAUGCUCCCAGAAACAAGAGAACGGUUACCGCAAUACUCCGAACUCACACUAUGUAUCGGUUUCUUUACCGUAUACUUGGUGGAUGAACUGUCCCAUCUUUUCUAUAGAAGUGGGAAUCAUGAGAGGCAUAACCCUGUUGGUGAACAGACAAGGUUGUUGCCAAGAGACCAUGACGGAGAGAUGAGGGAGAGAGAAGGAACUUCAGAUCUGUGUCAUGUGAGCCAUGCAGAGCCUUGCAAUAGGAAUUCCUCGAGUAUCGUGGGUUUGUUGUCUGCGUUGUUCGUCCACAGUGUGCUUGAAGGACUGGCUAUUGGACUACAGGAAAGUCCUACACAGGUUCUUCUCCUACUGGCAGCAGUGAGCUCCCACAAGUUCGUGGUCGGCUUCUGUUUGGGUGCAGAACUGUGUGAGAAUUUCCCGAAUCGGGCUUGCGCACAUAUCCUGUGCAUCGCACUCUUCAGUGCGGGAUCUGUUGCUGGAAUCGGUAUAGGUGCGGGAUUGGAAACUGUCAACUCACUGAAGGAAUCCAUUGCAGUGCCAGUUAUGCAGGGUUUGGCAGCUGGUACGCUACUGUACGUCACAGUUAGUGAAGUCCUUCCCCGCGAGAGAGCGCGCUGGCAUGAGCGCAAGAGGAGCGCAGGAUUAUUACAGUUCCUUUCGGUUGGACUUGGUUUUGGUUUGAUGUAUUUGACAACAGUAUACUUAGAUCACGAUGCUGAAUAAUUGUUUUUAUACAAGACCAAAAGUUAAAUAAGCGAUGUGUGACGUUUAGUACUUAAUUGUACUGCAAUUGUUGCGUUAUAAAUGAAGACUUAUGUUUUUAGGAGCAGUUAAUUAGUUGUUUAAGAUUCAUAAUAUAAAUAAUAUUCAAUUGAAAUUGAUAAGACUCUGAGUCUUCCCUAACUGGGUUAGGAAACGACCGGGAAAAUAGAUAUUGUAAUAAUUUGAUUCCUAUAAGGAUUAUUCGAAUAUAAGACGACAAUAAAAGAAUUUUUGCUA